AUGAAGCAGGGCAGGACGAACCCGAUAUUAAUGAUGCACGCACGAAAAAACACUAUUCGCACGAAUUCAACGGACAGCGAUAGUUUCACUUCAACAAAGACCUUUCUCGGUGUGGUGUUCAGUCUUCGACUUUGGAGAGAUUUGUGGCGAUACCUUUGUGAGCCAUUAAUGGAUGUCAAUCGCUUUCGUGAUGUGGGUCCGUGUGAGUCUCAUAGGCGAGAGUCAACCUCUGGCAGUACUCUUUUUGACCUUCUUCAUUCGGAGUCGCACAAUUCUUGGCUGAAAAGGUUGCCAUCAGACAUUACUAAUCCGUGCAGGCAAAUGAAAGAACAUGGGAAACCGAUGUAUGUAGAGCAAGGUACGUGUGGAGUAUGCAUAGAUUAUCCUGAAAUGUUACCAGUAUGGGACAAAAAGUACCACGAAAGUCAAAAUACGUAUUCACAUUCUUAG